GACCUUAAAUACUUAGCUUGAAAGCAAGCCCUACCAAAAACAUGGGAAAUUGCUUAGUUUUGCAGGCAAAUGUAAUUAGAGUCAUGAAAACAGACGGGAAGAUCCUAGAGUAUAAAGCUCCCAUGAAAGUAUAUCAAGUGUUAUCAGAAUUUGCUAACCAUGCAAUAUCUGAUUCACUACCUGUUGUCCAGCAUCUACGUGCAGAUACUGAGAUGGUUGGUGGCCGCCUGUACUAUCUUCUGCCACUACCAGUCCCCCGGCCAAAACCUGCAAAAAAGAAGGUCAAGUUUGCAGAUCAAGUUGAAGAAGCUGAUCAACAACAAGGGACUGGGGUAGUAAGGGUUAAGAUCAUCAUCAGCAAGCAAGAGUUGCAAGCACUAUUGAGUAAAGAUCAAAUAUCAGUUGAUGACAUGGUUCGCCAUCUUCAAAAGGAAAAAAGCUCAAAUGAAUUGAAUAGAUGUGCAGCUGAUGAGGAGGCAAAUUGCAAGGGAUGGAAGCCAAUGCUGGGCAGUAUACCUGAACUUGACUAGCUUAUAGCUUUCUCAUCCCAUGGUGAUAGAGAGAUGCAGAAAAAAAAACCUUGAGAUAGUGUAAAGAUAAUAGAUAUAAUAUGAUGAGUUCACUCUGAUACUUCAAAGACAUCUGCUAAUUUUCUUUCUUGUAAUGGAGAACUGAAACUUGUUCUCUCUCUCUUUUUCUUUUUUUAGUCAGACACUAUUUGGGGUGUUUAACAAAAAAACAUGAACUCCUUAAUAAAAACACAAACAUACAAAA